AUGUGUUCCGGAGGCUGCGCAGUUCCUGCGACACAAGCCGCCGUCUGUUGGCGAAUGGUCAUUGCUUUUUUGAAAUCGCAGUCGACGGUUUCAGGUUUCAUACGUCUCCACAGGGUGGCAGAUAGGUGGAUAUCUCGAGCAGUGGCAGCCCCGCAGACUCUUCAGCCACGCUACUGGCUAUCGCGGCAGCACAAGUCGAUUCACGAGAUAGGAGGGCAUUCCUCGGGCACACAUAUGAGAACAUUCAGGCUUCUUCUGGUUGCGGGCGCGCUGAAUGUGGUGCUGGCACAGAUGAUGAACAACUCGUUGAGCUCGAGCGGAUCGAGACCGACGGCGCUGACGCCGCUGCCGAGCAGCGCGGAGAGCAGGACGAGCUCGAGCGGGCGUGUGAGCACGCUGAGCAGCGCAGCGAGCAGCUCGGAGGAGAGCAGCAGCGCGGCGAGCAGCAGCUCGGAGGAGAGCAGCAGCGCGACGAGCAGCAGAGCAGAGGAGAGCAGCAGCGCAGAGAGCAGCAGCACGUCGAGCAGCACGUCGAGCGAGAGCGGGAGCAGUGAGAGCGGGAGCAGCAGCGCGAGCGUGGUCAGCAGCACGUCGGCCAACAGAAUGUCGAGCAGCAGCACGUCGAACAGCAGCGAGACGAGCAGCACAGAGGCGGAGCCGACGCCUACGAGCACGAGCACGAGCAGCAGCGUGACGCUGCCCACGAGCACGACCCCACCGUCUACGGAGGCCACGCCGACGGCGAUCGCGCCCACGUCGCGGAUGGACACGGUCACGCAAACGGUGCAGACGGAGUUCAUGUCGGACGGCUCCACGUUCCGCACAACGAGCCUGAAGAUCGUCACACUGCUCGUGGACGGCAGCUCCACCCUAACGAUCACCGCGUCUGAGUCGCAGACAACUGCGCCCUCGCGCGGGCUCUCCAAAAAAGACAAGAACAUCAUCAUCGGCUGCGUCGUCGGCAUCUGCGUGCCGCUGUUAAUAGUAAUCGCCUGCGUCGUGUUCUACACCUGCGUGCGCGAAGAUCGCACCAACUUCAUCAACUCGGACGGCAAGGUUAUCACCGCCUACAGCACCAGCCGCCUCUCAAAGUGGUGGAGUACCCUGCUCGGCCGCAAGAUCGACAAGUAUGAGAGCGACACGCCGCUGGGCUCCACGCCACUACACGACGACGAGCGCAUCCACCUCAAAUCAUCGAGCGCCCACCACUCCUCGCCGCUGUCAAUGCACGGCUUGGACUCGCGUGCCCGCUCGUCUCACGAACUUAUGCUGGAUGAGGAGCGCUACUACGAUAAUGACGGCAACGAGCUCAACGGGAAAAAGUACUAG